AUGAGUUCUGAACCGUUUACCCUGAGGUGGGGUAUCUUGGCAUUCACAAAAGACCUCCUCAUCGACCCUCGAACCCGUGACGCAUCCGAUAUCCGGCAUGUCGUUGUCGCAGCCGCGACUUCAACAUCUGCAAAACGAGCCCAGGACUUUUGCACCAGCGUCGGUGUACCGCCCAACACGGCAAAAGCAUAUGGCUCUUACAAGGAACUCGUUGAAGACCCAGAUGUAGAUAUCGUCUAUAUAGCUACCCCACACUCCCACCACUACCAACACGCCCGCCUCGUCCUGGCAGCAGGCAAACACGUCUUGAUAGAGAAGCCCAUCACCGUCACCGCCGAGCAAUGUAAAGAGUUACGGAAAUUGGCGCGGGAAAAGAAGAGAUUCAUGAUGGAAGCUGUCUGGACAAGGUUUUUCCCGCUGAGCAGGGAGGUAUGCUCCAUCAUCCAGUCUGGCCGCCUCGGCACCAUAACCCGCGUCUUUGCCGACUUUAGCUUCUGGAACGAUGUCGAAAAGGAGUUUGGCAAGGAGCAUCGCAUGGUCAAUCCCGAGUUGGCGGGUGGUGCGUUGUUGGAUCUGGGCAUUUAUAGUCUGACCUGGGUGUUUAUGGCUUGUUAUUAUUGCCAGCAGCCGGGAAGGAAAGAUGGGCAUGGGAAGACGAUGGAAAAGAAGGAGGAACCGGUUGUCGUGUCUGCGGUUAGUAAAGGGGAGACGGGUGUCGAUGAGACGACGACGGUGUUGUUGCAUUGGAAAGGGACGGGUGCGCAUGCCGUGGCGGGCACAAGUAUCAGGGUGGCUACGACGCCUAAUGCGCAACAUGUCGGUGGGGAUGCGGUCAGGAUUCAGGGUACGCUGGGCGAUUUGACGGUGAAUUAUGCGCCGAGGCCUAGGACGUAUACGCUUGUCCCCGCGGCUAAUGAAAAGAGAGGUCGGCCGGCGGAUUUCGAUUACGGGGUUGUGGAUAAGUUCAAAGACAUACCUGGAGGGGGGCAUGGCAUGUUCUGGGAGGCGGAUGAGUGUGCAAGGUGUGUGAGGGAUGGGAAGACGGAGAGCGAGGUUUGUGGACUCGAGGAGACGGAGGUGCUCAUGGGGGUUAUGGACCAGGUUAGGAAGAAUGGGGGUGUGUUGUAUCCAGAGAGGAUUAGCAGUUUGGAGUAUCCGCUUGAGGGAUUUGGAAUCUGA